ACAUAAGACCCGAACGAUCAAUGUCAGUGUUAACAAUAUGGACUCUUACAUUAAAUGCCCCGUGUGUAAUGCUAGUCACGUGACCACACAGCUGUCACAUGACAAUGGCGUAUUCGCGACCACGUGUGGAAACUGUGGCCAUUACUUCAAGUACCGGGCGGACCCACCUUUCACCACCAGCGUCACAUUCAAGGUCAACGGCACGGAGGUCACCGUAGCCGCGGACGCGGGAUAUGGACCGGAAGCAAGCCUGAAUGACUACCUGCGCCAGUCGGGAAUGUCCCGGGGCACCAAGGUGUUCUGCCGCCAGGGUGGUUGUGGUGUUUGUGUUGUGGUCGCCAAGAUCCCCCUUGGCGCUGGACAAACGCCCCUCGUGGCCAACAUUAACUCGUGCUUAGCGCCGCUGUUUUGCUGUGACGGCUGGGAGGUGACGACCUCUGAAGGUCUUGGAUCCGUCAAGACGAAGCUUCACCCCAUACAAACCGCUGUGUCGGACAAUUUUGGCACCCAAUGUGGCUAUUGUAGCCCCGGGCACGUCAUGAACAUGUAUGGGUUGAUGCAAAAGUACCCUAAUAUGGACAAGCAGUUCGUCGAAGACAAUUUUGAAGGCAACCUGUGUCGGUGUACCGGUUACCGGCCAAUACUAAAAGCUAUGAAAUCCCUGGUUCCCGACACAAGCUCCGAUAUCGAGGAUAUUACCGCAAAACUGUGUAAGAUGACUGGUCGCGCUUGCUCCUCGAAAACUGGCGCGUCCUGUUCCGGAAGUUGCGGAGAUUCACGCGGGGCUCAUAGACCCAUCCGACUGGCGUUUGGAGCCACUCGCUGGGAGAAACCGAUGACCAUGGGGGACCUACAACACGUACUGGCCCAAGUCCGGGGACAGAAGUACCGCAUCCUUGGCGCCAACACCGGAACCGGCUACUUCAAGCAGGAAUCGUGUGACAACUUUGACGUGGUUAUUGACUGUGCUGGCAUUCCGGAAAUGCAUGUCAACACAUUUGACGCGCAGACUAACACAUACACGAUGGGAGGCGGACGUACACUUACGGACCUUAUGGACAUCUUCCGUGCGGAGGCCGCUAAAUCCACCGACAAGGGGAACUUUAACGAGCUGAAAAAGUACCUGUACAGGGUCGCCUCAUCGCCUAUCAGAAACCGUGGUACCUGGGCAGGCAAUUUGAUGAUGAAGAACAAGUACCCCAGCUUCCCUUCUGACGUCUUCAAUAUCAUGACUGUUUUAGGGGCUAAACUCACCGUCGGCCAGACGCCCAACGACGUGCUGACUGUAGACACGUUCUUCAAAGCGGACAUGACCGGGAAGGUUCUCUCCAAGGCCACAUUCCAGACGUUCGGAGCCAACGAUGUGGUCGUUUGCUUUAAAGUCAUGCCACGAUCACAGAACAGCCUGGCUCUAGUCAACGCGGCCUUCCGGAUGCCUAUUGACGCCAUUCAGGGUUUCUUGAUAACUGGACAGCCGAUUAUUUCUAUUGGUGGCAUAAGCGAAACUUUCCAUCGAGCGACAAAGACGGAGACGUAUUUGUACGGGAAGCACCUGUCAGCACCUUCCACCAUUGCAGGAGCUUUGACAACGCUGGCGGGCGAACUAUUCCCGACCCCAGGGCUGGUAUUACCUAGCCCCGAAUACCGGAAGACCGUGGCAUGCGCACUUCUAUACAAGUUCAUUCUGAAAGUGUUGGGAUCCAAUGCGGGCUACAACUUCCGGUCUGGCGUUGACGUACUGCACGACAUUCGGCCGUUGUCCAGCGGCAUACAAACCUAUGAUAACAAACAAAAGGCGGAUUGGCCUGUUCACAAAGCCGUCAAGAAACUGGAGGGUGACGUUCAGGUGACAGGCGAGGCGCAGUUUACGGACGACCUGCCUCCACUUCCUGGUCAGCUGUGCGCCGCCAUCAUCACGGCCACUGUCGGAAACGCCACCAUACAGUCCAUAGAUCCACAACCCGCAAUGACUGUUCCUGGUGUUGUUCGGGUAUUGACGGCACUCGACAUUCCUGGGGCGAAUGAUAUCAGAGUUCCCCAGCUGCUCUCACCAACUGGAAAUGUUGAACUGGAAGAGCUUUUCUGCAGCGGGAAAGUGAUGUACUACGGACAGCCAAUAGGGAUGGUAGUCGCGGAGAGCCAGACACUCGCCGACAAGGCGGCGCGCCUCGUCAAGGUCAACUACAACUCUAUUUCCGCUCCUGUCAUCACCGUGGAUGAUGCAAUCGCCGCCAAAACCUUCUUCCCGCAGCCCACUCCGCCGAUUGUUGUUGGUGACCCCGAUCAGGCGAUUUCAAGCGCCGCUCACUCCAUCAGCGGCGUGUUUCGAACGCCUGAGCAGAUUCACUUCCAUAUGGAGACUCAGGCGACAAACGUUGUUCCCACGGAGGACGGGCUGCAAGUCGUCUCCACAACCCAGUGGACGGACAACACCCAGCAAGCAAUCAGCCAGGUUACCGGAAUACCAAAAAAUAGGAUCGAUGUGUCGGUAAAGAGGAUGGGUGGAGCUUAUGGUGGAAAAAUUACUCGCAACAAUUUCAUCGCUGCCGCCUGUGGACUUGCUGCAAAAUUAACAAACAGGCCGGUUCGGGGGAGGAUGGACAUCCAGUCGAACUUGGAGGCGUGCGGGCGUCGGUAUCAACACAGGGUCGACUUCCGAGUGGGUUUUGAUGACACCGGGCUCCUGAAAGGCAUUGACCUUAAUAUAUAUGAGAAUGCUGGGUUCCUACCCAAUGAACAACUGGGCUUCGUUUUCUCGUGUUAUGUGGAUAACUCCUAUUUCUGUGCAAACUGGAGGAUAAAUAUGAACAGCCUUCGGACCAACAUUGCCAUGACAACAGCCGUCAGAGCACCGGCAUCCACCCCGGCGGUGAUGAUUAUCGAAAACGUGCUGGAAGAGGUGGCCAGGGUGGUAAACCAGGAUCCCUGGACCGUCAAACAACUCAACUUCUACCAUACAGGACAGGUAACACCGAUUGGAAUGAAAUUGAAUCAUUGCAAUAUUGACCUGGUCUACCAGCAACUCAUGACGUCAGCACAGGUCCACACACGUCAGGAACUUUUCAAGUUCUAUAACCAGGACAAUCGUUGGAAGAAGAGGGCGUUGGCUGUAGUUCCGGUGAAGUUCGGCAUGUCCUCGUCAUUUGACAUGUUCACGGCCGUGGUCUCCAUUUACGGACACGAUGGGACAAUCGCAGUCACCCAUGGUGGAACGGAGUGUGGUCAGGGUAUUAACACCAAGGUUGCCCAAGUGGUGGCUUACGAGCUUGGAGUUCCCGUGGACAUGGUUUCCGUGAAACCGACGGACAGCACAGUGGCGGCCAACAACGCUACCACCGGUGGGAGCACCACCAGCGAGGGGUGUUGCAGGGCGGCGAUAGAAUGCUGCAAGGCCGUCAAUUUGCGGAUAACACCGAUAAAGACGGCCAACCCGGACCUUGACUGGGCGAAGCUCAUGAGCAAGUGUGUGGAUGUUGGUGUCGCUCUCACAGAGUCCUACACGAACGCCGGGAAACACCCGACAGGUGGAAGUGACCUUUUUACUUACAACGUUUACGGCGCGACUUGCUCGGAGGUGGAGUUGGAUGUGCUUACUGGUGAAUACCAGAUCAAUCGUGUCGAUAUCGUGUAUGACUGUGGAGAAAGCCUCAACCCAAUGGUGGAUAUCGGUCAAGUGGAAGGUGCAUUCGUUAUGGGACUAGGCCUGAACCUUACCGAGGCGGUCAAGUACGACCCAAGCACCGGGCAGAUGCUCUGCUAUGAUACAUGGAAUUAUCAUCCUCCAACAAAUAAAGACAUCCCAGUCGAUUUCCGGGUCUCACUGCUGAAAAAUGCACCAAAUCCUGUCGGAGUACUUGGGUCGAAAGGUAGCGGAGAGCCGCCGUUGAACACUGCAGUCUCCGUAUUUUUCGCCUUAAGAAAAUGCAUUGAGGAGGCGAGGAAGGACGCCGGGCAAACGGGGGCUUUUACGUUUGAGCCACCAGCCACCGUCGAGUCAGUUCAGCAAUUAUGUGCCACCAAUACUACACAAUUUCAUAUUUAGACUGGCAGUGAUGAUUGAUGUACAUUGUUAUAUCAUUGAACAUAUUUGAUCAACCGAAGCUGAUAAUAGUUUACGCACUUUUAUUUUGCAUACUUAUAUCUAGUUUAAUGUACAAUUGUCGAAUAAUCGGGCCUUCGACCCCUUGGUUGACUGUCAAAUGUCUUGCCAAUAGACGACGGGUCCAUCAUGUAUUAUGUACAUUUAAAAAAAAAAUUUAUUCACCUUCUCUUACAAAUGGAUCAAAACAUAAACGUUGUGAUGUAAAUUGGUUUAAUUGGUUUGUGCUAGAGAAUCUUGCAUUUAGCGAGUUAUUUGACCUGCAGUAACAAAGAAAGAUGUAAGAUAUGUGAUAAUGUCGGGAAAUAAUUCAUUGAGCCAAUGUUUCUAGAAGUAAAAGUUAUAUACCCGACUUUGAAUAAACAAUCGUGUAUUUUAACAGUUGUGAUGAUCAUUUAGGAAUUGCUUCAAAGUCCACUUAAUAUUAUAUUCUAUCUAUUCCUGAAAUACGAACCAGUGAUCAUUGAGUCGGACACUUUGAAUCUAUGUUAUUAACAUCGUUUUACUCCGA